ACGCCAUGGCGGGAGGGAUGAAAGCGGUCCCGGGGCGGCAGGGGAUCCUGGGCGUGCUGCUGCUGCUCCUUCUGCUGCCUCCGUUACGCGGUGCGGCUCCACACUGUGAAGGCGUUGGGGAGAAGGUGUUGGCGCUGCAGGAGAGCUCUGAGCGUUGCUGCACCACCUCGCACCACUUCUGCUACACCAAUGUGCGCAGCCCCUGCUGGCGGGACAUCUGGACCAGGAUGCAGAUCCGGGUGAACAGCAACCACGUGAUCCGUGUCACCCAGGUGGGCAGCGAGGAGGAGCUGAGGGAGUUGGAGGAGUCCAAGGUGUGGAAUUUUCUCUCCUCCUUGCUGAAGGAGAAGCUGAACAGCACCAACAUCGAUGUGGAUCUCUACAGCAACAAAACCUGCCUGAAGGUUGAGCUGCUGGAGGCUGACACCAAAUACUGCAUCGUGCUGUCCCGCUGGUUUGACCCUAAACUGUUCCUGGUUUUCUUCCUGGGCCUGUUGUUGUUUUUCUGUGGGGACAUGCUGAGCAGGAGCCAGCUCUUCUUCUACUCAGCUGGGAUAAGCAUUGGCUUGCUGGCCUCGCUGCUCAUCCUCAUCUACGUGAUGUCCAAGGCCAUGCCCAGGAAAAGUCCUGUUUACUUCCUGCUGCUCGGAGGCUGGUCCUUUUCCCUGUACCUGCUUCAGCUGGUCUUCAAGAACCUGCGGGAGAUAUGCAGGUCCUACUGGCAGUACCUGCUGGGCUACCUGCUGCUCAUGGGCUUCGUGAGCUUCGGAGUGUGCUACAGGUACGGCCCGCUGGAGAACGAGCGCAGCAUCACCCUGCUGUCCUGGGCCCUGCAGCUCCUGGGCCUGGCGCUGAUGUAUCUGGGCAUCCAGAUCCGCCCCGUCGCCGUGGCCUUUGUGCUCAUUGCUGUCUGCACCAAGAAUGUGGAUUUCCCCCUGCAGUGGAUCUACGGUGUCUACAAGAGGGCACAGAGCGCCUGGCUGGGGCCCAGCCCCCCUCGCCUGCUGACCGAAGAGGAAUAUCGCAUUCAGGGGGAGGUGGAGACACGGAAGGCCCUCGAGGAGCUUCGAAACUACUGCAGAAGCCCGGAUUUCUCUGCCUGGACUGCAGUGUCCCGCAUCCAGUCUCCCAAAAGGUUUGCUGAGUUUGUGGGCGGUGCCUCCCACCUCACUGCCAGCGAGGUGUCCUUCCACGAGCAGGAGUUCGGCCUGGGCGGGGUGUUCCUCGAGGAGCAGCUCUUUGAGGAGGACGAGGAGGAAGAUUUUCUCCAUGGAGAGACAGCAUGGGCUGCUUGUGGUCCCACAGCCCACCUGGCUGCUGAUUGAGGUCAGCUGCCCCACAACCCCAAGGGAGAGCAGCAAAACCGCUGUGGCUCCUCGCUUCCCUGACACCUGCAGUGCCCAAAACCCUCAGCUCAGGGCUGAGCGGUGUCGCUGUGCCCAGCAUCUCCGAUUCCAUCCCAAGCUGGGCUGCUGCGAGCCUGGCUCUGCUGCGGAGCUGCUAGGAGGAUGAAGGGUAACUUUUCCCAGGGUAACUCCUACCCAGCUGAGGCACAAAAGCUUUUAUCAGUGCAGCUCUCGUUGGCAGAAGGGUGCAGGGAGCUGACGGUGGGGACACUGAGGUCUGUGCUGCUGGUGGGGCACGCUGGUCCUGACUGGAGGUGGACUGGAGCCAUCCUGGUUCUUGGUGCAUCUGCUUGUGGUGCGCAUGCUGAGCCCUGUGCCCAGUGCUGCUGCCACAGGGGGCAGAAGGAGCCCCUCUGCUCUGCUCUGCACUGCUCUGCUCUGGGUGCCCACACCCUCUCUGCCAAGGGCAUCUCUGCCUUUCAGGGUGUGGAUGGAGCAAAAGGUCCGUCUCGUGUGCGUGUCCCCACGGGCAUGGCACGUUCCUAAGGGGAACUUUGGACCUCUCCUGACAGUACCUGCGUGCUCAGCACCUGCUUGCUGCCGGGCUGCUCCUCCUCGUGCUGCUGCUCACCAAAGGUGCCACAGGGCUCCAGCUGUGACUCUGCCCAGUUCUAAUACCAAAAACCCCGUGCUUCCAGGGCAGAGAUGCAGCUCUGAGGGCUCCUCUGGCUCAUUGCAGAGCUCAAGGAACACUUGUGAUACGGGUCCUGCUCCCAGCGUGGGGGAGCUGCUGCUGCUCUCUGCUUUCAGCCCUCUGGCCUCGGUGGCCGUUCCCACAGUGCAGGGUGGGAGCUUUGCUGCUGGCAGUCGGGGCAGUAAAACUUUGACAAAGCGCAAGCGUAGAGGAGAUGCCCCCAUCUAUGCAAGGCUUGGCAGUAAACCUGCCCUCCUGCUGCUGCCUGAACGCCCCUCACUUGUGCUGCUGCCCCUGGCUUUGCUGUCCGUUUGUUUCUGGCCCAGGUUUUCUUCCCUGCCCCCCUGCUUUGGUACAAGCAACCCUUAUAGCUACAUCUCCUCCCCCCGUGUUCGUUUCAUGUGGCUAACGCAGACUGAUGAUUGUAUUUUUUAAUAAAGGUGUAUUUUCAUGA